GUAGUUGGAGUAUUGUACUAUUAUCUCUCUCUCUCUCUGUGUUUUUUUUUUUUGAGUGCAACUGUGACGCUGUCCCUUGCUCUAAUUCACAGCCUCAUAAUACAUAGCUCCACAGCCUCUCAAAGUUCAUUGCUGAAGCACAAAAAAAAAAGCAUACUUUUUUUUUUGUCCUUCACAAAAUUUGAUCCAUCAAAAGCCCAUAUCUACUUUGUAAGCCAUUUCUCUCUCUCUUUCUCAUUCCUAUUUCAAACAGUUCCAUUCACUGUUUAGUUUGAAACCUUGUUUGGUUGCUGAGAAUCAAAGAAACCCAAUUCUUCCAAUCUUCAGUACAUUGCACAGAACCUCCAGCUGAUCCAAAAAGUUACUCUCUUUUCAUCGUUUUGGGGUAAACUUAUCGUGUUCUGAUUCUUCCAGUUCCACAGAUAACUUUCUUACGUGCAUUUGUUGUGCUGAUGCAGUAGUGAACUUUUUCAGGAAUUCACCUCCUGUGAGGAAUUUUACAUUAGCUGUCACCACUAGGAACAUCUUAAGUAGGCAAGUUAUCUAAGACUCGUGGUGCACCCACAUUGGACGGGGAGGUUGUAGCUAAGUUUGAGACCACAUGGAAUAUCAAAACCAUCUAGGUACAAGUGAGGGAAGAAGGCACCGUGAUUUAACUCCACUAAGGAUGUGUAGAGGUUUAAUGUGUUUACUGGUGCUGCUCUCAACAGCAUUCAUGAUGUUAGUGUUUUUUGGCUUUAUGGGUGCUGUUAUGUUGCGACUUUUUAGCAUACAUUACAGCAGGAAAACAACAUCCUUUUUCUUUGGUGCUUGGCUAGCUUUGUGGCCUUUUCUCUUUGAAAAGAUAAACAAGACAAAAGUUUUCUUUUCUGGGGAAACUGUUCCUGCAAGGGAACGUGUUUUGCUUAUUGCAAACCAUAGAACUGAGGUUGAUUGGAUGUACUUGUGGGACCUUGCAUUGCGGAAGGGACGCCAGGGAUACAUAAAAUAUAUUCUUAAGAGCAGUUUGAUGAAACUACCAGUGUUUGGUUGGGGAUUUCACAUACUGGAGUUCAUCUCAGUGGAGAGGAAGUGGGAGGUUGAUGAAUCUACCAUGCGCCAAAUGCUUUCAACAUUUAAAGAUCCUCAAGAUCCCCUCUGGCUUGCUCUUUUCCCAGAAGGCACAGAUUACACUGAACAGAAAUGCAUUCGAAAUCAAAAAUAUGCUGCUGAAAAUGGCUUACCCAUCCUUAAAAAUGUGUUGCUUCCAAGAACAAAGGGCUUCUGUGCCUGCUUGGAAGAGUUGAGGGGCAGUUUGGAUGCAGUUUAUGAUGUAACCAUUGGCUACAAGCAUCGCUGUCCAACUUUCAUGGACAAUGUCUAUGGAGUAGACCCUUCUGAAGUUCAUAUUCAUGUUAGACGCAUCCGUCUUGAUGAUAUCCCUACAUCUGAAGAUGAGAUUUCCAGUUGGCUGAUGGAUACAUAUCGUCUCAAGGACCAGUUGCUUUCAAAUUUUUAUACUGAAGGCCAUUUUCCUCAUCAAGGAACAGAAGGGGACCUCUCCACAGUGAAGUGCCUCGUUAAUUGUGUGGCAGUAAUUGCCUUGAUCAGCUUUUGUAUGUACCUCACCUUUUUCACAUCCUUCUUCUUCAAAAUGUAUGUAUCUUUGGUGUGUGCUUAUCUGGCAUCUGCAACCUACUUCAAUAUUCGACCAUUGCCAAUUGUUGGCCUUUUGAAAGCUUAGUUUACUUGUAACUUACAUAUGUAUUGAGCAGGCACUGUCAAAAAGUUCCAAAUUGAGAUCUGUUAUUGUAAUAUUAUAACAGGGCUUGGGCCCAUAGGUUAAGGUUUUUCUUCUCAAGUAUAGUUGGUGGACAGCCUUUGUUAAAGGUGAUUCCAUCACUAAGGGUCCACAAAUUGAUGUUCUUCUUCAGAUGCAUAUGUGUAAAACUGUAUGUGACCAAAGCCAGAUUCACUUAAUGAUCAUACAUUUUUGUCCCUGAA